AUGGCAUCUCAUAUCUAUUACAUAGUCCACAAGGUUUCCUUCAAGAAACACCCUUCCCAUGACUUCAUCGACGCCCCAAUGGUGUUGACAAAGUUCUACCAGCAAAUCCUGGCCUUGGUCUUUGCUGUCGAUGAGAUCAACGAGAAUCCCAGGAUGUUGCCCAAUGUCUCUCUCGGCUUCCACAUCUAUGAUAGCUAUUAUGAUUCAAAGAUGACCUACCGAAACACUCUGGACCUGCUCUUUAAAUCACAUCACUUUGUUCCCAACUACAGGUGUGGCAUCCAGAAAAAUGUCAUAGGAGUCAUUGGGGGACUCAGCUCUGAUACCUCCUGGUGCAUGGCAAACAUCUUAGGUCUUUUCAAGAUGCCACAGCUCCAUUCAUUCCUGCAGAGAAUCUCAUUCAACAACAGUGCUGGCGAUGAAAUUACAUUAAAUGAAUAUGGAGAGUUAGCAGCUGGCUUUGAUAUUACAAACAUGGUCACUUUCCCAAAUAGAUCAUACAUCAGAGUCAAAGUGGGAAAGUUGGAUCCUCAGGCCCCUCCAGGCACAGAGCUCACCAUUAAUGAUAAUAGAAUCAAAUGGCACAGACGCUUCACUAAGUUUUGCUGCUAUGAUUGUGAUCCAUGUCCAGAGGGAAUGAUCUCAAAUGAGAAAGACAUGGAAACAUGUGUCAGUUGCCCAGCAGAUCAGUAUCCAAACAGCGGCCAGGAUCUAUGCAUUCCCAAGACUCCAAAUUUCCUAGCCUUUGAUGAAACCUUGGCCAUUGUUUCAACUUCCUCUGUGCUUCUAUUCUCUCUCAUCACAAUUCUGGUGCUCAGCAUCUUCAUUAAGCAUCACAAUACAGCCAUAGUCAAAGCCAACAACCGAAGCCUCACUUAUGGUCUCCUUAUCUCCCUCCUCUUGUGUUUCCUCUCUUCUUUGUUGUUCAUCGGAAAACCUAAUAUGGUGACCUGUCUUCUCCGACAAACUGCUUUUGGCAUUGUCUUCUCUGUGGCCCUCUCCAGCAUCUUAGCCAAAACCAUAUUGGUGGUUUUGGCAUUCAUGGCUACCAAACCAGGAUCCAAUAUGAGGAAAUGGGUAGGCAAAGAACUGGCUUAUUCCAUUGUCUUUUCCUGUUCCAUUGUUCAAGUAGGAAUCUGCGUCCUCUGGCUGGCAACCUCUCCCCCAUUCCCAGAUGUGGACAUGCACUCAAUGACUGAAGAAAUCAUAUUUUUUUGUAAUGAAGGGUCGGUCUCCAUGUUCUAUUGUGUUUUGGGCUACAUGGGCUUCCUGGCCAUUAUCAGCUUCACAGUGGCCUUCCUAGCCAGGAAGUUGCCUGACACUUUCAAUGAAGCCAAAUUCAUCACCUUCAGCAUGCUGGUCUUCUGCAGUGUUUGGCUCUCCUUCAUUCCAACCUACCUGAGCGCCAGAGGAAAAUACAUGGUGGCUGUGGAGAUCUUCUCCAUCUUUGCUUCUGGUGCUGGGCUGCUGGGUUGCAUUUUCCCCCCUAAAUGCUACAUUAUUGUAGUGAGGCCUGACCUGAACAACAGAGAACAGCUAACACAAAGAAAGGUAUAA